AUGUUCGACAACAACGUCCUUCUGAAUUUAUACAAUGAGAUUGCGAAUAGAAGUGCACUACAGUUGGCAAGUGCUGGAAUGAUGGGCGAGGGCCUGCUGACGCUCACAUACGGCAAGCACCACGCCUGCAUCUUGAACGAGGUGGGCGCAGCGUGGCGCGGCGCCAGGUACUCUGACCUGGUGUUGGUGUGCGACGACGCCGUGCCGCUCGCCGCGCACCGUAUCGUCAUGGCCGCUGCCAGUCCCUUGAUCAGGAAAAUACUUGAUGAUACUCCAUCAGCCGACAAUCCAGUCACGAUCCACUUGUCCGGCAUUAGCAGUACUCUUAUGAGGCACCUCCUGGUCUUCCUGUACAAUGGCCAAGCAUACAUAGAGUCUGGAGAGAUCGAUGACAUGCAAGAAUUGUUUGAAUUGUUAGAGAUUAAAUCGGACGUUUGGAAAUCGACAAAGGAACGCCAACAACAAGAAGAAAGGAACAGAUCGUGCGAUAGAUUAAAAGCCAAAAACCUCAAAACAGAUAUAAACAGCAACGAGAGCAGUAAACAUGACGCACCGUCAGGAUCAUCACACUCGGAAAGCGACAGAGUUACACCGAGUGCGGGCUACAGUAAAGAUAAAGAAAGGGACGAUUCAGAAUCACUAAGUAUAAAGAAAGAGACAAUGUCAACAAGUAGUAACGAUGAAAGGGAAGACGAGGAUCCGGAUGGAGAAAACAGAGGCAAAGGUUGUGGUCGGUUGACGACGCGGCGGAGGAGUUCAUCAAAUCCAGUAAAUCUUUCACUAGCAAGAAAUUCCGAAAACACAGGCAGUGAACACGAUGAGUCCCAGGAUCUAGACGUUGAAACGGUCGCCGCAAAGAAUAUUGGAAGGAGAAGGUCAACCUCGUCUAGCCAAGAAGAUCAGCCCCAAGAAACAAUAUACAGGAGACAUUUACUAAAUGAUCGAUUAGGGAAAGGAAUUGAAAGAGCUAAAAGAAAAUCACAUUAUCUUGAACCUCCCGAACUGGACCUGCGAACAGUGAAGUUAGAGGAUUACGCGCAACUCAAACCACCUGAUCAAGAUCUUAUGUCACUUGUUCAAACAUCACCGGAAAAUUACGUUGUCACACCACAUCGAAAAAGAAGACCUGGAUUCCACAAUUCACCAUCACAAAAUCCUCCAUUUGUAUCGUUUCCCCCAAGUUACCUAGAAGAAAUGGCACAUUUGAGAUACGCGCAAGGACCUGGUGUGGUGGCAGGGGUUGCUAGUGCUCGUCUUGGUACUUUUCAUCCAUUAAGUGCAUCAGCGCCACCAUAUUUACCUGAAAGAAGUGCGACUCCUCCUGCAGCAGCACAUGACGACGCCCUUAAGUAUCGACCUCCUAGUGCGGGAUCUUGGGGCCCUUGGUUGUGUCAACCACAGAUGGGCGGUGACGAUACUCCUUCCACAGAACACGAACAAGGAUCGAGUAAACAAGCACCAGUAAGGGAAUAUCGUUGCGAAUAUUGUGGUAAACAAUUCGGCAUGUCAUGGAAUCUCAAAACACAUCUUCGAGUUCACACGGGUGAAAAACCUUUCGCUUGUCGACUUUGCGUUGCAAUGUUUAAACAGAAGGCACACUUACUGAAGCACUUGUGUUCAGUACAUCGGAACGUUAUAUCGUCUAGCGAAAACGACGGCCGAACCAACACUCCUGGCCGUUUUAAUUGUUGCUUCUGUCAACUAACAUUUGAAGCACUACCGGAGCUUAUCAGACACCUUUCAGGCCCGCACAAUAGUUUGCUUCUUAGCAAAAACUUACACGAAUGA